UUGAAUUAAUUUCCCUAAACCUUGAAGCCCUCUUGGAUUGGCUGGAGCACUCAACUCUUGAAUGGCCUCCACCGUCACCCGCUCUCUCCGCCGUUCUCUGACGCGCUCUUUCUCCUCCACCACUGUGCCCCCACCACCGUCUCAACCCAGCCAUCGCAACAACCAUCAACAGACCCGCCAAUUCUUGGGCCCAAACUCCUUUCUCGGCAGUUGGGAAGCCCUUAAAGACCCAAAAGAGGCCGAAAGGAAACUGGCUCUCUUGAGAAGACAGUAUGCGAAACAAGUUAAAGAGACCCGCAAAGCCUAUAUCGAAGAGAUGGAGAUGCUGAGACUCGAAAAGCAGAGAAAAGACGAAGCGAAAAAAGAAGCUAUUCGAUUGGCUAAUGAGGAGCGUAAGAAGUUGAAAGCGGAGGCGGCUAAGGUUCGAGCCGAAGAAAGAAGGAUUGCUCUAGAAGAAUUUCGCCAAGUCCUUUUAAAGGAAAGAGCUGAGAAGCUUGAAAACUGGAGAAUGAAAGAAAAAGCAAGGGUAGAGAAGAAGAAAGAGAAGAUUGAGCUCAUACAUCGACAAAGCUCUGUGUGGAUUGACGAAGAUCAAUUGGAGAAGAAGCUUGUGGAAGCUGUGACCGAGACCAGACCCUUCUAAUUUUUCAUCCUUUCAUCUGGUUUAGCUCUUUGAUAUCUAAAUAUGGCGUUGAAAUAAUUGUCAUUAGUGUAUUUUGAAGAAAUUUUUGGGACAUAUGAAGACAGAACUUGAAGGUAGCUUCACUGUCUUUGUAAUCCAUGUUUAUCCAUCUGAUCUCAUUUUUAUACCGUUUAUCCUUGUAUCAUUGAAGAUUCUUGGUUUUAUUAUUAAUUAUCCUAGAAAUUACAACAAACUAAACCAA